UCCGGUAAAGUACGGAGGACGCACACAAGUCGAUCUUCUCACUUUUGGAUACUUCACACACGCCCUCCUCCGGUAAUCCAGUAUCUCCGGCAGAAGUAGGGCACCUUCCUCUUGUGUGUGCGCAUCUCGCGGGCUGUUUUAUAAAAACUAUCCGGGCAGGGAGGAAUAAACGCUACAAACAAACGCGGAAGAACCACAUCCUCGCUGCGGGAGGCGGCGGCGUAACGGCACGGUACCGGACCCGAGUGAGUGCCUAAAGCACCGGGACAGCACCUCACGAACCACGGACAGCGGCCGGUGAAAUGUCGCGCGAGUGACGGGAAGAAGUGGAAGAACAUUUCUUGAGUUUAAAAGCGAGACAUCGCACUUUUUGUGUGGGACACUGACCUUCAGCAUAACACUAUGCUCUGUGGCGCAUCAGGACAGGUGCUGCUAUGGAUGUGAGUCCGACGAGAAGCAUCAGCAUCUUUGAGGGAACACAUCAGGACAGAAGUGAAGAAGACACACAACACAAUAAACUCGAUUUACAAAGAUUCCCCUCAUUACGGGAAACACUUUUUAAUCAAGAUAUUUGACUGUGUCCUGAAUAAACCAAAGCAUGACGUUGGUGACGUUAUGGGAUGUUUUAACUUGACCACCAGUGAUACAAAGUCCCCCCAAUGAAUCCACCGCGAUCCCGUUUCUCCGGACCCUCUGUCGGUCGUGCGCCUACCAUGCGUGCACGCGCGGGGCUCCUCUUCUUGCUGGUGCACGUGCUGGCGCGAGCCCGAGGCCAGUACGACCUGUGCAAGUCGCUGGUGAGCACGGACGACGGCGCGUUGUGGGAGCAUUACGCGUGCCAACCCAAAGCACAGUCCGUGAAGGAGUACAUGCGCAUCCGCGUCGAGCCGCCUGGCGUCACCUGCGGGAACCCGCCGGAGAGAUUCUGCACGCUGGAGAAUCCAUACCUCUGUAGUGAUGAAUGUGAUGCGUCUAACCCCGACCUGGCUCACCCGCCGCAGCUGAUGCAGGACCGAGAGCGCAGUGGUCUGAUCACAUACUGGCAGACGGUCACGUGGAGUCGGUUUCCCGAACCUCUUCAAGCCAACAUCACCCUGACCUGGAACAAAACCCUCGAGCUUACAGACGACAUCCAGAUCACCUUCGAGUACGGCCGGCCCACGAUUAUGGUUCUAGAAAAAUCUCUGAACUUCGGCCGCACGUGGCAGCCCUACCAGUAUUACGCAGACGACUGCAUCGACACCUUCGGCAUGCCGCCCAGACAAGUGCGGGAACUGAACGCGGCCAACGCCACGCGGGUCAUCUGUACGGAGCAGUACUCCCGCUGGGUCGGCUCUAAGAAUGAGAAGGUGGUGCGGUUCGAUGUGCGCUCGCGGUUUGCCAUCUUCGCCGGACAGAGAUUGCUCAACAUGGAGGGGUUAUACACACGGAUGGAGAGCAUGAAAGGCCUGCGGGAUUUCUUCACGUUCACAGAUCUGAGGCUUCGGCUGCUCAGGCCCGCUCUCGGAGGAACGUACGUCCAGAGAGACAACCUGAUGAAAUACUUCUACGCCAUCUCUAACGUGGAAGUCCUUGCCAGGUGUAAGUGUCACCUGCACGCGUCUCAAUGUUUGUACAUGGAUGGAAACUUACAGUGUCAGUGUGAACACAACACAACCGGACAGGACUGUCAGCGAUGCAAGAAAGGAUUCAAAGCCAAGGCCUGGAAAGCAGGAUCUUAUUUACCCACACCAAACGGAUCACCAAACACAUGUUCUCAGGCCCUGGCUGGUUCUUCUUCUGGUUCCAACUGUGAAUGUAACGGACACUCCAACCGCUGCAGUUACAUCGACUUCCUGAACAUCGUCACGUGUGUGAGCUGUAAACACAACACGCGGGGUCAGAACUGUGAGCACUGUCGCAUGGGCUUCUACAAAAACACAUCUGCUGAGCCCGAUGAUGAGAACGUGUGUAUCGAAUGUAACUGUAACACAAUGGGCUCGGUGCACGACCGCUGUAACGGAACCGGCUUCUGUCAGUGUAAAGACGGCGCUAUGGGAGUCAAAUGUGAUGAAUGUUUCCCUGGUUACUACUGGAAACAGGGCUGCUUCCCAAAUGUGUGCGAAGAGGAGCUGCUCUUGUGCCAGAACGGGGGGACGUGCUUCCAGAACCAGCGCUGUAUCUGCACGCCGGACUUUAAGGGCGUUUUGUGCCAACAGUCGCGCUGCGACGGAGGUAAAAAGUGCAACGGUGCCAGCGGGCUCGGUCUGAGCCUGGCACUGCUCCUCUGCCCGCUCCUCGCCAUCCUGCUGCGCACCGCCGCUUCCUGAGAUACCUCUGCAUCACCAGCAGCGGGCGCAGAGAAGGCACGGCGCUCGCCAGCGCUCCCUACGCGGUGCAGAACGCCCCGCAGGAGAUUGUGAGAGAGAAACAGAGACUCUACAAGGAAAUAUAGGAAACUCAAAGUAUAAAGUUUGUUUAAAAGAUACCAAAAAAGACACGCACACAAUUCCAAUAAACCGACAAUAAGUGAGGUUCAUUUCUUCUGCAAUAGCUCAGCGCACUUCCUUCACUCCUAAGUAGGGGCACGUGCUCAGAACAUGUGGUGUCGUAUCAAAAUCAGACUCACGUGGGAUUAUUACUCCCUUGUUAGUCCCUACUAAAGUUAAGAUUAGAAGUGAAGGUGGGCUUUAGAGAUGGGGACCAAUCAGAUAGCAGCAUUCCUGUGAAGGAACCAAUCAGAAGCUGUGGAGUCACAAUCUCACGAGGAGUCCGUUUUCGGUACGGUCCGACUGUAGUGUUCAUCAGGGUCUGUUUUUACUCUAACACAAGAAAGGCCUCGCUUCACAUUUUUACACUCAUCCCCUCCAGUUUUUGACAUUCAGAUGUAUGUAGCGAGCGCAUAAGCAAAUCGAUCUCAAAAAGCAAAGAGUAUGAAUAUGAUUGUGAUAUUUCUUAUAUCAUGAAUAUUAAGAUUUUAGACACUGUAUCGCUGGUUGUUAUAAGGAUGUUUGUCGGCACCGUUAGAGACCAACAAUAUUUAUAAAGUAUUCAGGACACAAGCAGGUUAUCCAACACAGAAAAAGAGAUAUCUAAUGAAAUGUGAUUGUUAUUAUAAACCCACAUUAUUUACAUAUUUUUGGGUAGAGAAUAUUUUUGUUUGGAUCUACAGCUGUCCUUGUGAAGCAAAAGGUUUUAUUACACAAGCACACAGAUUAUUAUAGAAAGAGAAACUAUCAUGUAAAGUUUGCACUGUAUUACAAAGGGAUGAAAGACACUAAAUGUAUGAAUCUUGACAUCAGAAUACAGAAUUUAUGAGAAGUAAAACUAUAGAAAAGUAUUGGGAUGGGGUUUAUUACACUGUAACGAAUUUUACAGAACAAAAAGAUGAAUACAAUUUUGACACUGUAAACUUUACAGUAAAUUUGACUGUUA